UAGGCCAUGAUGACGAUUUACUAGGCAGUGGAUGCGUGGCGGACAAGACAUUGGUCCCGCCAGCCACCAGGAGGCUGGCUCUCCCGUGGUCGCGGUGGAUCCUAGGCAGCAGACACCGUCACCGACACCCCAUCUGCACCACCACCUCCACGAAGAGGACGAGUUUCCCGGUCAGAAUCGCAUGGUGGCCCAUGCAAUGGCUCUCGGACUCGGUGGCCUGAGCGCCGUCCAUCCGCAGGGACUGGGUCCGUCCUCCGCGGCGGCGGCAGCAGCGGUGGUGGCUGGGGUCAACUCUGUGGCGGCUUUGGCGGCGGCGUCCGGGGGCGGUGCGCCGGCAGUAGUCGUCCCGCCGCCCCCACCCCUAAUACCUAGCCCGAUGUUCGCAUUACCGACGCUGAAUUUCACAGUUUCGCAAGUGGCCGCCGUGUGCGAAACACUGGAAGAAAGUGGUGACAUCGAGAGGCUCGCCCGCUUCCUCUGGUCCUUGCCUGUGGCCCACCCCAACAUCUCAGAACUGAACAAAAACGAGGCUGUGUUGCGGGCGAGGGCCAUCGUCUCCUUCCAUAGCGGCAAUUACAGAGACAUGUACACAAUAUUAGAGCACCAUAAGUUCACUAAGGAAUCUCACGGCAGGUUACAAGCGAUGUGGUUAGAGGCGCAUUACCAGGAGGCAGAGAAACUCAGAGGACGUCCUUUAGGGCCAGUGGAUAAGUACAGAGUUCGUAAGAAGUUCCCGCUACCCAGAACGAUCUGGGAUGGCGAACAGAAGACACAUUGCUUCAAGGAGAGGACCAGGAGUCUCCUGAGGGAGUGGUACCUCCAGGACCCGUAUCCUAACCCCACGAAGAAGCGGGAACUGGCACAGGCGACGGGACUCACACCAACUCAGGUCGGAAACUGGUUCAAGAACCGACGGCAGAGAGACCGCGCGGCCGCCGCUAAAAACAGGAUGCAGCAGCAGCAACAGCUGGCAGCACAGUUAUCCCAUCACCACGGAUCACCGCGGAGAUCCACCGAGCCCCCCCACAGCCCUACAGCGGCCAGUACGACGUCCGACUCCAGCAUCAGUCUGGGGGCACACUCGCCUCCCAUCCCCACAUCGCACACUCAGUCCCACACGUUGCCCCUGGCGCUUCACCGCCCCUUUUCACCCCCCAGACUCACGUGAUAUCGGCCCCCGCACCCGCCCCCCGGAUGUUGGUGACAGUAGAAAUUUUAUCUCCAGUUGACCUAUCUGUCUGGUCUUCUAUAGCGGGUGUUAAAGAGUGACACAAACACCUGUGUUUAACAAACUGUAAUUGUGCUUUGUGGAGAAACUGCUCCUUCUUUUUCUACAAGCACAGAGUAACGAAAGAAGUGUAGAUUAUGUAAUGAAUGUGUGAUGACUGAAGAAGACCUCAGGUCAACUAUAAAUUGAAAAAUAUUUAAGAAGAAUUUAUUUGAUAACAUGGUCAAAUAUCACACUAUUAUUCUGUAAGUCCUGAGAGAUUUUAAAUGAAAGUCAGUCUGAUCAUUAGACCACAAAUUAAUAAAUAUAUUAUUGCAGGGAGUCAAACAUCAUUCAAAUUAUUUAAAGGGUGCAAUGCCGUGUUAUACAGCUACCAAGAAAAACCUCUCGAAUAGUUCGAAAUUUAAAAUUCUGUUAACAUUUUCAUCACCACCAAAUAAUCUCUAUAUUUUUAAUCAAUAAGUAUAUAAAUUUGUUCAUAACAUGUGUACGCGUUUCAGGUCGCCUACCAUAUAUGGGCAUAACCUUCACGAGAAAUAUAAAUAAAUUAUUGGUUAAAUACAAAAAUAAUCCGUGCACUGAAUGUCAAUUGAUUCACAAAACAACACUUAGAAAUUUUUCAGGAAACAGGAAAUUAGUUCUAAAACUGGCAAUUCUAUAGACAUUUGAUUUAAUAAACAUAAAUUUGAAAGGAGUUAUUUGAGACUGUGUAAUUUUGUAUCCUUUAAUCAAUCGGCAUACAGCCACAUUUCAGAUAAACGUCAUAUUCGUUCAUAUAUAUUUUUAGAGGAGCCCGCCAACGUAAAUUAGAUCGAACUGCGGCCUGUUUCGGAGGAAUAUAUCGCUUCUGUCUUCAAGAUCGAAUAUUAAGUCAAGCAACUAUUACAUGUUUUAUGCAGUUAUGUUUUUCUUAGCUUAUUCUUCGGCCCUGAAGUUGGAGGCGACAGAUUCCUCUGAAACGUCGGUUGGAUUUUAACGGAAUAUAUGACGUUAUAUCCAAAAUAUAGUAAUCUUCGUGAGUACUUCUUCUGAAAAUAUUGCAAAAUACGGUAAUUACUCAAAAUUGUCCCAUUGUGUACCAUAUACUCGUGCCCGUAAAUAUAAGGCAAUACUUUUACUUAAAGAAACGACUUUUCAUUUUUAAUAAUAAAAUAGCCUACAAGAAUUCAUAAUAAUAUACUGCAGUAUCCUUUUGCACUGCGUAAUCUAAUUUUGUAUUCCAACUUAUUGCCAUCUUUGUGCAAACUCCUUGAUAUAUCAUAACAUCUACAAAUAAAACACCAACGUAACCCGUUAAAUAUUACCUUGACACCAGACACUAGCAUAACAACGGCAAGGUAGCCUAAACUGUUCUGAAGCUUUUACAUGGAAAAUGAAAAGCCGAACAGCGUAAUUUCCUUCAACUCGACACUUUAUAGGAGGGCAUGCGGUAACGUAGUUGGUUGAGGCACUACGCUACAAGCCGGAAGGUCGCUGGUUCGAGACUCG